GUAAAGCGUAAAAAAACCACGUAAUUUACCUGAGGUAUUUUACGCGUUCAACCACCUUGUGUGUUUUCAAUACUUUGAUUACAGUAAACUUCAGUAAAUAAACAAAAUAGUAAUUUUCUUUUAAAAGGACAAUAAAUUUUAAUAACUAAAUAUAUCAAUUAUUUGAAUGUUAUAGCUUACAAAACUUAAAUAAUAAUUUCAUGUGUAUAUCGAUAAUUUAAGAAUUAUUUUCUAAUAGAUUGAUAGAAAAAAAUUCAAAGUGACUUUGAUUAUGUUUAAAAGUUUUCAAUAAUUAUGAAAAAAGAAAAAGAAGAGAUGGACGAUGAUAAUAAUUCAAAUGUUGAUGACGAUGACAAUGAUUUCUACGAAGGUUCAUCUGUAUUAGAGAGCCAACAAUUCAAUGAUAUUGAAAGAAAUACAAUGAAAGGUGACACUGUUGGUGAUACGGUUUACAGUUCCAAAUGGAUAAUCAAUACUCUCAUUUCAUUGUCUAAGAUUUGCGAAGAUGGCUGGUCUAAUGAAUUAGAAGAGUCAUUGUGUAUUUUAUGGGACAUGACAGGUGAAAAGGAUAUUGUUAAAUUUUUAUUGGAAAAUGAUUUUUUAAAAAUGUCCGAAUUCACUCUAAAAGUGUCUGAAGAGCCAAGAUUAACGGAAAUAAUUUUGGGCAUUCUUGGAAAUAUGUGCUGUGAUAAACAAGUAUUGGAAGCACUUGAAAAUAAUACAGAAUUAACUUCACUUAUUUUCAAUCUUUUACAUUCAGAGGAUUCCGAAACACUUGUUCAACUUAUUAGAAUAUUACAAGCUUCCGCUUGGUGUAUUCAACAAAAUUCAAAUUCAAUUUGGUUAACAAAAUUAAAAGAUUGUGAAUUUCUUGGCGAAUCACUUAUUUUUAUUCUCAAUAGUUCAAUGAAAGACAAUUUAUUAAUGGCGGUUCUCGAUUUUAUUGCCACAUUUGCAUUAUUAGAAUCGAAUGCACUUAAAGAUUUAUUUAUUAUCGAUCAUUUAACACCUGCUCUAUUGGAAUCACUUACACAAAUAAUGCAAGGAUCAAAUGAAAGUCAUUCAACAUUAAAAUUAAAAUCAAUUGACAAUUGGCUUUCAAUAAUAACAAAAAUAACAAAAAUGGAAUUAUUACAUUUUUCUGACGAUGAGAAUGAUGAAAAUUUUCGUAAACUCACGGAAAUUAUGUGGAAAAUUUUACGACCAUUCACACAAUCAUUUAAUUUAAUUCCAUUAGAUGAACAAAUAUUUCAUUGCAUUCAACGAACUGUUGAUAUUGUAUUGAUUUGUCAAAAAAAUGAAUUUCACUUUGGUUCUGAAGUGAUAUUAGUUAUUCUUCAAAUAAUGAGCGUUUUAUAUUCAGCUAUGGAAAAUUUUCAAAGUGAAAUUGAAAAAGAUCCUGAAAAUGCAUUAAAAGUACUUUUAAAUUAUUUAGUGAAUUAUUGGAUUGAAAUUUUAGGUAUACUCGAGAUUGAAGAACUUUCCACUGUUUUACGACUUUGUGAUAAAGAAACUGUGAAUAAUUUAAUGAAAACAACAAAUGUUAAAACUUCAAAAGAUAAAAUUCAUAAACUUCAAGAAAUUCUUUCCUGUUUAAGUUUGUAAUAUAUUUUUUUUAAAUACAUAUAUAUGUAUGUGAUUUUUUAUUUAAAUAGUAUUUAAUAUAACUCGUUGACAGUAUAAAAAAAAAAAUUAUAAUAUAUAUAUGUAAGUACAUAAUUUUUUUUUCUUAUUUAUCAGAUAA